AGCAAGUUAGCUUCACAAGGAAUUCAAUCUUUUAAUACCCUUAGGCAUCUAAAUAGCUAUCUCUACAUUUGGUAUUUUCGGUUAUAUUAUUUCAUAGCUAGCCAUCUACAACCUAAGCAUCGAAACAAUGUCAUCAACAAGCUUUCUUGAUUUGCAAUACAACAUCUCGAAGCGUAAGUUCCUUCGUAAGCCAUCUAGGAUGUUCUCUAGUAGCGAUAGACAAUCUUCCGGCCUGCCUUUGUUCCAACCAAACAUGACCGAGAUGAGGCGUGUUUUUGACAAGUUUGAUCGCGAUAAAGAUGGUAAGAUAUCAAGGUCCGAAUACAAAGCUAUAAUUAGAGCUUUGAGACAAGGGGGGACCGAAAGGGACGUACAAAAGAUAUUUGAGGUUGCAGAUUUGGAUGGUGAUGGUUUUAUCGACUUCAAAGAAUUUAUGGAGGUGCAAAAGAAGGGUGGAGGAGUGAAGGCGAUAGAUGUGCAAAGGGCGUUUAGGACGUUUGAUCUGGAUGGUGAUGGGAAGAUAAGCGUUGAGGAAGUUUUUGAGUUGAUGAAGAGGCUUGGAGAAAGGUGUAGCUUUCAAGAUUGUCAGAAGAUGGUGAGAGUUGUUGAUUCUAACAAAGAUGGUGUGAUCGAUAUGGAUGAAUUUAUGACCAUGAUGACCCAAAACAUGAAGACUUAAAUAUUGGUGUUCUAGAUUUAGCUUCUCAUGUAAACGGAUAGUCCUUUAUCUAAUGGUACUAGCUAAAGGUGAAGGUUCAGAUCUCCAUGACCCCAACUACUUAUUAUGGGCUUGUGUCUUUAUAAAAACAUGUAUCUCCUUUGUACUAAUUGCCUUUAAAUAAUAUUUAGGUGUUAUAUAUGUUUGUAUGGUUAUUAUAUCAUAAGCAUUUGCAAGACUGGUUAUUUCAUGCACUAUAAACUAUAAUACGUA